AAAGAAAGAUGUCGGCUAAUGGUUGUGCUUGAUUUUGUGAAUUACGAGUAUUUUUAUCAUUAAACUUGGAUUACGUAAAUUAAUUUCCAUGCAGUGAUUAUUCCAAAGCCUUAGAUUAUUGUUUUUGUUUGUGUUGGUGAGGGCGAUGGACAAAUGGAUGAAAUGUGGUAGAAGUGGAUUGAAGCUAUAAAACUGCCGGUAUACUGAGUAAGAAGACCUGAAUAUUUCAAAGUGCGGAGCAUCUUUACAGGAGUUUACGUUCGUAGAAUAGCACAAAGUUUGUACAUUUUCUGGAUGAGUAUUAUCGUACCCUAUCAGUAGCGUUUUGGGAUACAUCUAUUUCUUGAAUUGGGUCACAGGUGAACCAAAAAACUAAAUUGUCGGAUAACGCCAGCCCACAAGAUGGCCGACUGUUAUUCGUAAGAUAAUGUCCGGUGCGUCUGGUUCAUCAGGAGGAGGCACAGGACGCGGCAGAGGCGGCGCGGGCUCCAGCGGCGCAGUUGACAACAAACCCGAUACAAAAGAGAACAAACCUAACCCCAAAAUGUCGAAGGCACUCGGCACAUCAGCCAAGAGGAUCCAAAAAGAACUCGCUGAAAUCACAUUAGAUCCACCACCCAAUUGCAGUGCGGGCCCGAAGGGUGACAACUUGUAUGAGUGGGUUUCCACAAUAUUGGGGCCUCCUGGCUCAGUAUACGAAGGUGGAGUCUUCUUCCUAGAUAUCCACUUUUCUCCAGAAUACCCAUUUAAACCUCCUAAGGUUACAUUCCGAACUAGGAUAUACCACUGUAACAUCAACAGCCAAGGAGUGAUAUGUCUAGAUAUUUUAAAGGAUAAUUGGUCUCCUGCACUGACAAUAUCAAAAGUUUUAUUGUCCAUUUGUUCCUUGCUAACCGAUUGUAAUCCAGCUGAUCCACUAGUGGGUAGCAUCGCAACACAGUACCUGCAGAAUCGCGAGGAGCACGAUCGUAUCGCGCGUCUGUGGACCAAGCGUUACGCGACAUGAUUGCCCUGCCCCCCGCCUGCCAAGGAACAACACUAUCAUACUCAGUACCAUUCUGCUCUAAAUCCAUCCUGUUCACGUAAAUAUAAGCUUACAAUGUUAUCCAACUACCCAACCAGUGCUGUACACUUUCUGUCUCAUAUAUCAAUGAUUGUGAUUUACCAUGUAAAAUAAUCGGAGUAUUGUCUUAAUUACCCAUAUGCCACAGAAAGUGUACACCAAUUUUGGCUUAUUAAUGUUUAGUUGCAAUUAAUGUGAUGUCGAUAUGCUUGAGAUGAAGGUCUGAAAAGUGUAAUGUUAAGUAAUAACAGUUUUUCGUUAUGAACUGAUUAUCAGUUGGUAUUUAGCUGUGUUAUUGUAUAAAUACAUUGGUAAUAAUCUGACUUAAUACAUUGUAAAUUUGAUAAUGUGCAGUUCCAACUAUGUUGUCUCUGUUCUAUGGUUACUAAUGUUUGUAAUUCCAAUUUCCUAUGAUCAUAAAUUAUGGGGUUAACAAAUCAUGUAGAUCAUAUUCCACAUUGAGUAGUAUGAAUGAAAUUAGUGGCCUAGCAGAUUCAACAUAGUUAAAUUGGUUUAAGCCGAGUUGUAUUGAGGAACGUAAUUUUACUAAUGAUGGUAUUUGUAGGUUAAACAGUGAAUUGAGUCAAUUUUUGCCGCAAUGAUGCGAUGAUCUCAAACACUGGUAACAGUUUUAAGGAUAUGCUGUGAACAUUGCGAACCUAUUAGUAUAAAAUUUGGGAAUAAAUCGCAUUGUCUUAAAAAUAGUUUUUGAUUUCAGGGUAUGUUGUAUGAUUUUUUAAAUAUAUUCUAAACUUAAAGGGUAAAUACUUGAGUAAAAAAUAUCAUUUACUAUGAAUAAAAUUGCUGUCCUAUUUUGUAUCACUGUAAUAGAUUAUUUCCAAAAAUCUCCCAUGAUUUCGAGCAUUACAUCUCUUAUAAACUGCCUAAAAAGUAAUGUUAGAUAUGGCUAGUCACUUUUGACUACAAAGAUAAUGUACAACCAAUUUAACUUUACUACUUUUAUUCAUUUUAUGUGUAGUCCUGAAAACACAAUUUCUGAAAAUUUAAUGGACUUAUAAUCCACCAGUAAAAUUCAUUUUUUUUUUCACUGGAGGGUUAACUACAUUAUGGUAAUGAUAUUUUAAUAUUAAGAAGUGAUAAUUGAGUGAAAAUGACUCCAAUCUUACUUGAUAAUGUAGGUUUGAAGUCUUAAUAAUAAUUGCUUACUGCCACAACACAAGAACUUCUUAAUAAGUGAAAUGACUACGCUAUUAAUAUGUAGGUUUUACUUUGUCCAUGUUAAAUUGAAUUGAUUAUUUGAAAGUACUAGAAGUAGUUGCUUUAUAACUUUUGUUAUACUUUUUUUUAUAUGUGCAAUUUUCGGAGUUGAAAUGUAAGUUUCAUUUGCACGUUUUUAAUCUAAUUUAACCUAACUCAGGUUUAGGACAUCUAUCUAUCCAAAAUAAUUUAGAGAUAUAGUUUAAUUCAAAUUAGUUCAAAUAUCAAGGCUACUAAUAAAGCCACUUGAAAUCCUAAUUAUGUAUUUUUGUACACAAAGUUCAUGAAUGGUUCGAGGUGAUUUUGCUGUAAUAUUGUGGUGUUUUAUCAACAUGAAUUUUAAUUGCUGAAUGUAUGGUUCAAAUGGUCAUCAACUGACGGUAUUGAAGGUCUCUUUUAGGCCGGAUUAUGUAUGGUUUAUUUUGCGAGAAAAACAUAUCAACUUCCAACUGCAAGUCAUGGAGAUUAUAGUACCAUUGUAAUGCGUAAAUGACGUGCCAAAAGUUAGGUACAUUUUUGGCCUUUACUACUUACUACUCCAGUCUGACAUUACUCCGACUUUUCUAAAGUAUUCCGUUUAGGUGUAAACCGUUAUUAGAUGUAAGUUAUUUUAUUGUCUAGGUAAUGUAUAAUGUAUGUCUUAACCCUAGGUCUAAAUAGGUAUUUAGCACUAUAAUGAUUUUAGCUAAAAGUGUAUGUCGCGCGUAUAUGAAUGUUUUGGUGAUAGCGUUAUGAAAGAGUUAAUUAUAUAUUUAUAAUUAAUGAAUUUGGCGACUUCAUUCGUAGUGAAACUGGUGCUGUGAGAUUCAAAUGCUUGCGACAUACAAGAAUGUGAAUACUAACUGUAUUCGGGACUGGAUAUAUUUUGUCAAUGUGAUUUUUUAAUUAUUUUGUACUGUAACUUGAAAUGUGUUGCUUGCAAGUCAACAGCUGUAUUUUACGCGACUGAUGUUCCUUAACUCGAUGUUCACGAAUUCUGACUCCCUUGUAAUCAUCCUUUGUUACAGUUUAUAUCAUGGUAUAAAAUAGGAAAUAAAAUGUGUGUAACUAGGACACUCAA